AUGAUCCAUUUAUGCGUACACUUAUCACGUGAAGCAAUCCUUGCUGGACCGGUGCAAUAUCGGUGGAUGUAUGCACUUGAGAGGUACAUGCAUAUUCUUAAGGGCUAUGUGCGUAACAAAGCCCGUCCAGAAGGCUCUAUUGCUGAAGGUUACAUUGAUAAUGAGGCUCUUACAUUUUGCUCUAUGUACUUCAACGAAGGUGAGACAAAAUUUAAUAGACCAGAGCGGAAUUAUGAUGGGCCUAUUAAAGCUACACAAGAUGGAAAUAUUUCUGUAUUUAAGCAAAAAGUACGUGGAAUAGGAGCUGCAGUUAAUGGUGUGUUGAAUUUAAAAGAUUUGAAGAAAGCUCGAUGGUAUGUGUUGAAUAAUUGUGAUGAAGUUCAACCGUAUGUGAGGCAAUACAUGGAUGAACUUGAGAGACAUGGUUUGAGAAAUGUUCAAGAGAGGCUGGAAUCAGAGUUUCAUACAUGGUUUCUAAAAUACGUCACAAAGCAACAACUUGAAGGGACCAUGGACGCUUCCAAUCAACUUAUGAACCUAGCCCGAGGUCCUGAUAGUCGAGUGACACGAUACAGUGGUUGCAUUAUCAAUGGGACCAGAUUUCACACUCAAGAUCGUGACAUGAACCGAAAAACUCAAAAUAGUGGUGUGGUUGUUAAGGGUGACCAUAAAGGAGAAGCUAUUGAUUUUUAUGGAGUUGUUAGAGAUAUAGUCGAGUUGAAAUAUCUAGGGAGAAAUCGGGUGUUCCUCUUUAAGUGUGAUUGGUGGGAUGUUGGCAAUGAAAAAAAUGGAAUGAAAUUUGAUGAUUAUAAAUAUGUUAGUGUGAAUGUUACAAGAACUUGGUACAAGGAUGAACCGUUUGUGCUAGCAUGCCAAGCUAUACAAGUGUUUUAUAUGAAAGACAUGAAAUUUGGCAACAAUUAUCGAGUUGUACAAAGAAUAAUACCUCGGGCAAUAUAUGACAUUCUAGUGAAAAGGGAUGAAGAGGAAGAGAAAGAGGAAGAGGAAGAAAAGGACAAUGAUGAACCAUACCAAGAAUUUGAAUCAUUUGGUCUUGGAAAUGCAGUGCACAUGGAUGAUCAACCCAUAGAAUUAUGCAAAGAAGACAUGGAAAUGAUAUGUGUUGAUAUUGAUGGCGAAUUCCAUGAGGAGAAUCUUGAAGAUGAUGAAGUUAAUGAUGAUAUGAUUGAUUAUGAUAGUGAUGAUAGUCAAUGAAAUUUGCUGCUAUUUAAUUUUCUAAGGCUUUUGAAAUUCUGUAUAUAUUGUUUGAUUUCGUUGGAA